AAGAGCAAGACCUUUUCUUAGACACCUGCACUUUCCUUCCAACACAGAAUGCAGCUAAGGUGUACAUGCGUGUAAGGAUUGGUGAAAGGAGCACAGAAGAGGAACUGAAAAGCUUAACCACACCUAAGUCACUUGGCUGCAAGGGGAAAUGGCUCUUUAUCUGUCGCGGCUCUUUGUCUCAGUCAGUUCUCCAGUUUAACAAAGCUUUCUGAAACCUGUUCUAGAAAAUUGUUUUUCAUCUUACUUCCAUUACUGAAGCUCGUCUGUGUGGAGAAUCUAAUAAAGCUCCCUAAUGGCCUUCGGCACGUCUUGGUGGGUUCUGAUGGGGCUUUUAGGUGUUUGCUGUGAAGCAACCAAGCCAGUAGAUAAGAUGUGCACUGAGCUUAUUACUAACAGAAGUUACAGUUGUGAAGGUUUAGAGCUGACCAAGAUUCCAGAUCAACUGCCUUCCAUGACUGAAGUCCUUGAUUUCAGCUUUAAUUUCCUGUAUUCCCUUCAUCUCUCAACAUUCAGCAAGCUGAAGGAGCUGGUGUUUUUAGAUUUAACAAGGUGCCAGAUUAACUGGGUAUAUGAAGAUGCAUUUGAGAACAAUUCUCAUCUGGAAUCUAUAAUCUUGAUUGGAAAUCAUCUUCUUUUCAUCGGAGAUACAGCAUUUGCAGGGCCUUUAUCACUGAAGCACCUUGACCUCACCCAAACAGGACUCACUAGUUUAAGAUUGAUUCCCAUGCAGGAUCUGGGUAGCCUGGAAACACUAAUACUAGGAAACAACCACAUUCAAUCUCUAAAGCUCCCACCAAGUUUCAAAACUAGAAACCUAAAAUAUUUGGAUUUUCAUAUGAACAACAUCCAAAAAAUAUCUGCUAAUGAUGUAAUGCUAUUUAAAAAAUUCAGCAAUCUGACUCUCAUACUAAAAGGGAAUGAUAUUGUGCACAUUGACCCUGGGGCUUUUCGCUCUAUUUCUUUCUACAGUUUGGAUGUGACCGGUUGUGCUAAUAUUCCCGUCAUCUUGAAAGGGUUAGAAGGGAGUCGAUCUGUUGCUCUUAAGCUUGGGACUUUUUUGGAUUCAGAUGUACUUCCAAUAAGUCCUACCACGCUGCAGAGCAUUGGCAAUGUAUCUGUAGACCACCUUACUCUGCAGUAUCGUAAUUUCCUAAAUCUCUCUUGUGAAACGUUCAAGUGGUUGAUCAAACUUAAGACACUGGACUUGACCCACACCUCACUCUCCGAAAUACCUCUUGGACACCAUAGGAUAGAUAUGCUGAAGGAAUUAAAUCUCAACAACAACAAAUUUGUACACCUUUGUGACAUCAGACCUUCUGUUUUCCCCACUGUCACACACCUCUACAUCAGAGGAAAUUCUAAGGAAUUGGAUUUGGGUGCUGGAUGUUUAGAAUCUCUGUCAAACCUUCAAUAUCUUGACUUGAGCAACAGUCAGAUAGAAGACUUGGACUGCUGCAGGAAGCAGUUCUCUGCACUGAGCACUUUGCAGCAUGUUAACAUGAGCUACAACAAGAAGCUGUUAUUCCACAGUACAGCCUUUAAUAGCUCUGCUCACCUGCAGGAUCUAGACCUGGCUUUCACACACAUUGACACCACCAAUGCCUCCGAGGGACCUUUUGGCAAUCUGCGGUUUUUGCAGACCCUAAACCUUUCUUUCUCGCAAAUUGGUCCAAAUAUCCAGCACAUCUUACAAGGUCUAGAGUCUCUUCGUGUCUUAAAUCUAAAGGGAAAUAAUUUUGAAUCUGGGACCAUUCUCACUGAGCAUCUUUUUCAGCAAGUGUACAAUUUAGAGGUGUUAAUUUUAUCUCACUGCAAAUUGUUGGCCAUAGAAACCAAAGCCUUUUCUAUCCUCAGGAAGCUACAGCAUGUGGACGUGAGCCACAACGAUCUUAUUACAUUCAAUUCAGGUGCCUUUUUUAAUCUUAGGAACAUCUAUCUCAAUUUUGCCAAUAACAGGAUCCAUAUUAUCCCACGUGAUAUGCUGGCUAAUUUAUCUGGCCAGAGCAUAAUCAAUUUAAGUUACAAUCCACUGGAAUGCACCUGUUCCAAUACUGGAUUAUUAACUUGGUACAAGCAAAACAUAGAUAAAAUUGAAGGCUUUGAAGAGACAGUCUGCUCUGAGCCCAAGCCACUAGCUGGUACUAAGCUCCUCUUUGUAAAUCUGUCUUGUGGAUAUAGCACUGCGAAGGUAAUAUUGAUUACCUUUGUUGUGAUAACAGUAAUUGCAGUGACCUUCAUUUUGAUCAUACGCUUUUUACAAAGAAAGUACCAACACAUUUAAGCUCCUGAAAACAGAAAAGUACACAAAAGUAACUUCAAAGAACAUAUUCAUAAUAAGGAAUUUACAAGGAAAUGUCAUUUUCUAACAGCACAUUUAUUUCCUGCUCCUCUUUAUAUCAAUAGUGUUCUCAUUUCCACUAUCCUGAUAUAAGGUAGUUUAGGGGGAAUUGUUGAAAAAAUAUAAGGAAAGAAGAAAGACGGUUCAGUUUUGCAUUCUCUGCAUGCAGUUCAUUCUGGCAGUAGCAUGUUAGAAAACCACAGCAGGCAAGCAGUGUAUGACAAGCAGGUAAAGGCUAAUAGGAGCUUUCCUUAGAAAAUGUGAAAAAGGAUAAAACUAGGUAUGUUACAAUGAUUUUAUGCCAUAUCAUUCAAAUCUGAAAAUUAAGAAAAGGCUUAGAAAUAUGGGGUUGUUGUGUGUGCUCUGAGGAUGCCUGCCAUAGAUGUUGGCGAAACGUCAGGAGAGAAUGCUUCUGGAACAUGGCCAUACAGCCUGGAAAACAUACAACAACCCUGUGAUUCUGGCCAUGAAAGCAUUUGACAACAUGCUGAGAAAUAUGUUUGAGAAAAAAAUGCAACUAGCAGUAAAGAAAUACCAUGUUAUUUUUCUUCAUUAAUUAAUAAGGUUUCAGAACAGCCAAGGAGACAAAGAACGGCCUGCGACCCACGACUCAAAAAACAUUUGACAAUUUUUUCUUCCAAUGCCCUCCAGGGAAUGCAGGGGCAUUUUGCCACCCUAUCUUAAACCCACAAAAGACCAUUUUUCUAAAAUAGGAAAUGGGCAGAAAGGACCAUUUUCUAAAACAGGAACUAAAAUGUCAUAGACUAAGAAGGACCCAAUAAGAGGUAGGCAUACAUAUUUGAUUCCUGUACCUGAUUGUGGAGCUAGAUAGCAGGUAGUUGUGUCUUUUUCAGUACAAAGAAGGAGAACAGAAUUCUUCCCAGUUUUAUUCACUGAGUUAAGAAUAAACAAAAGUUGGAAACAGCUUGAAGGCACCCAACAACAAAGUCUUAAAUUUAAAUAUAUAAACAUCAACUUUUCCCAUGAGCUUCUUUUUAGUGAUAGCAGCAAUAAAGCAUCACACAAAGAAAAGGGAACGUCUGAUUUGUAUAUUGUUUAAAUUUAUUUUGACAUAAGAAAUUAUGCGGCUUGCUCUUUCCCCCUAUAAUAGCUUUCAGUGUAUUAAUUACAGUAUUCUAACUUGCCAAAAUAAAUGUACUGACAAAUCUUAAAACAGCUGGCUUCAUAAUUUUUAUACAAGGCCAUACAACAUCUUACAUUGAUACUUUAAAAACAAAUAAACACAUUUGCCUAAAGAUGUAAUGCUGAAUUUACAUAGGAACCAUUGAAGAAAGAAUAUCCAUGUAAUGAAUAAAUCAGGGGUGUAUGACUCAAGUUGCCAGAAAUGUUUUGAACGUAAUCCAACAAAGCUAGACUCUGAAUGGGUAAUGCCAAUUAUUCCAUCCAAAACAUUCACCCUUCUUUCACAGUCUAGUCCAUGAUCAGUUUUCCAGAUAAAGAUCAUGCCAUAUGUCAGUCACCUGAAGUUCCUCCAUUUUUUGCAGUUUGCUAGGAUUUCUCAGAACUUAAGACAUUUUAUUGGAAAAAAUGACAGCAGGCACAAAUGUCUAUAUUUCUGAGUGUAAUUCUCAAAGUUUAUGGGAAAAAUAGUGAAAAGGUACUGAAGGCAUUAUCAGUUCCUGCUUGUGAGAAUGAGAAGCACCAAGAUUUAUAUUCCUACAUAUCUUGAUUCAAUUUUCUGACCUUUCCAUUCUUGCUGCUAUACCUGUAUUCUUCUCUAUUAAAAAUCGAUCCUGUCAACCAUGAAUUGCC